CGCGCGCGCGCACACCAUUGUGUGGCUGACUCGGCCGCAGCUGCGGUGUGAGGCGCGUGUUCGGGCCUUUGCCGUCCCCGCACCCGCACCGCAGCCCAGCCCCGCGGCCCGCCGCACCUCAGCUAGCCCCCGGGAGCCCACCCGCCACGGCCAUGCCGCGCGUCUACAUAGGACGCCUGAGCUACAAUGUCCGCGAGAAGGACAUCCAACGCUUUUUCAGCGGCUACGGCCGCCUCCUCGAAAUCGACCUCAAAAAUGGGUACGGUUUCGUGGAGUUCGAGGACUCCCGCGACGCCGACGACGCCGUUUACGAGCUGAACAGCAAGGAGCUGUGCGGCGAGCGCGUGAUCGUAGAGCACGCCCGGGGCCCGCGCCGCGACCGCGAUGGCUACAGCUACGGAAGCCGCAGUGGUGGAGGUGGAUACAGCAGUCGGAGAACUUCUGGCAGAGACAAAUAUGGACCACCUGUUCGUACAGAAUUCAGGCUUAUUGUAGAAAAUUUGUCUAGUCGUUGCAGUUGGCAAGACUUAAAGGAUUUCAUGCGGCAAGCAGGAGAGGUGACUUAUGCAGAUGCUCACAAAGAACGCACAAAUGAGGGUGUAAUUGAAUUUAGAUCCUACUCUGACAUGAAGCGUGCUUUGGAUAAACUGGAUGGCACAGAAAUAAAUGGCAGAAAUAUUAGGCUUAUUGAAGAUAAGCCACGAACAAGCCAUAGGCGCUCUUACUCUGGAAGUAGAUCCAGAUCACGCUCUAGAAGAAGGUCACGGAGUAGGAGUCGCAGGAGCAGCCGCAGUAGAUCUCGAAGUAUCUCAAAAAGUCGCUCCCGAUCUAGGUCGCGGAGCAAAGGUCGAUCCCGAUCCCGCUCAAAAGGCAGGAAAUCCAGAUCAAAGAGCAAAUCUAAGCCCAAGUCUGAUCGGGGUUCCCACUCACAUUCAAGAAGCAGAUCUAAGGAUGAGUAUGGGAAGUCCCGAAGUAGGUCACGUUCUCGGUCCCCCAAAGAAAAUGGAAAAGGAGAUAUAAAGUCAAAAUCCAGAUCCCGGAGCCAGUCUCGAUCCCAUUCACCUCUGCCUGCUCCACCUUCAAAGGCCCGUUCUGUGUCCCCUCCACCAAAAAGAGCUUCCAGGUCCCGUUCUAGAUCUCGUUCAAGGUCCAGAUCAAGUUCCAGAGAUUAACCCUGAACUCUACGUUCUUUGCACACUAUUAAUGGAACACUUUCCUACUUGCUUAGGCAGUUACUCUUCCGAGUUUGUACUUGGCCUCUUCUUCAAGAGGAUUUCCUGAAAAGGGAACACAGGAAUUUAAUUUGUGGCCAAAUUUAAUGAGAAAAAGAUGAGGUUUUAAAGUGGUAGUAUGAAGCCCUGUCCCUUCUUUGUAGAAUUAAGAUAAUUUUGAUUUUAUAGCCUUUGAGCCUAAAAUAACUUUUGUAAAGAUUAAGCUCAUUUAGAUUUUUUUUAAAAAAUAUUGCAGCAGAAUCUGCUGCAGGGUUCUGUUGUUUUGUUUGCUUAUUUUUAAAUUAACUGUUUUAAGCUUUGGAUACUGCAGGCUUUACAGGGAGAACCCAAAUUUUCAAUUAUGUUGGCUUUUUAUAAAGCUUGAGUUAUGUAAGAUUUAAAUAAAAGUUUGCUACCAAGAUGAUUGCCUUAUUGAAUAGGUCACUACUUAGGGCCCUGUAAGUGUUGAUACCUGCCAUUGAUGGAGACAGUGUAAGUUGCACUGAAGUGUAAAAACAAGGCAAGCCUCAGACCAGCAAUAAAUUAAUCAGUUUGGAUAACCUUAAUUUGUGCUGUUAAUUAAAUCUACCAAAGUCUUUUUCUGCCCCUUUAAUAAGUUGAGUUAAAAGUAAAAGGGACUUUGUAGUUAGUGUCAUAAGAUGUUGUCCAGUUAAGAGGUUUUUAAAGAAACUAAAGGAUUACAAAUGAACUCCUCAAGAAGUAAGUCCUAGUACUUGGGAUCUUGUUAUCCUGUGUUCUGGAAGUGGUCAGUGUGAUUAGUGUUAGUGUAUGGUUUGGUGGUCUCUAAUGUUUUGAAAACAGAAGUAGCCUUUCUUUGAUUAGGAAUUUAGUUAUCUUACUCAAAGUGGGAAAAGCACAUAAUGCUGCAUUUUCUGCUGAAAGUUGCUUAUAUGUAACAGGUGCUUAGCAGACUACUUGGUAAGAUUUUUGUGGUUGGUUUGCAAACCAACAGUGACAUGAAUCAACUGAAAUGCUUUGUGCUUUAUACGUAAAGCAUUAUGAACACUGUGGAAACCAAGUUAAAAUAAACAGUGCGAACUUGUAGGAAUAACUAGACUUGCAGUUUCCAUGCAUCCAAAAGCCCAGUUUGUUGAGACUGCAAUCAAUAAGUGAAUUACCUUACGACCCUUUCAUUGUUCACACGUUUUAAAGUCAUUUCAUCCUAAAUACUUCCUCAGUCUUUAGUCAAGGUGUAGAUGAAUUGGCUUCCUCAGCUGUUGCUACAUAACCUAGCAAGGGUUGGAUUAUAGUGCUAUAGGGUUGCUCUGUGGGACUGAAUAAUCAGGCUGAGUGGGAUAUUGGGUAUUCAAGGGAAUACUUGGAAACAGGGAAAAGAGAAUGUUUUCAAGAAAUUUCUGUUACAAAAUCUAAAAGACUAACUUUAGGAAAUAGUGUCAGAUAAAGCUGCUGCUUUAGUCAUCUUUUCUUUGAUGCUUUGUUUAGAUGUUUAUAAGAAAUAGGUUUAUUUUUCCAGUGUAAAUUUCAGAAGUUAAAAGAAAAUUGUUUCUGGUCAUAGAUUACCAUUUUGCCUGUUCAAAGACAGAAGUGAUGGCUCUUUAAGAAUUGGGUUUGACCAAAGUUCUUUGUUUUCAGGGGAAAAUAUUUAAAAGCUUUCUGAGCCAGUCUUUUAAAGGGAGGAAAGGUUAUCAGUAAAAUUAGGCUUUCUGACUGCAUGCAUCUUCAACUGGGCUUGCCUUCUACUAAUGUAGUACAUGAUGGAGGCAUUUGACUAUUUUUAGCUGCCCCAAUAAGCAUAUAAUGUAUAGGUAAAUGCCAACAUCCAUAUAAGUUUUCUAGGGGCAAAGGCCAUUUUAUUAAAAAUCUAGGUCUAGACCCUAGUUGUUAAAUACACUGAAUAAACCACUGACUGCAUUUAAAGCAUUUGCCUUAGCAAAUUUGACUUAAAAUGUUUAGUUCCUUACUGACUAGUGAAUUCAGUUCUACCAACUAAUGCGCAGAAUCUAAGAAUCCCAUCUUGCACACACAUUGGUGAUGCCCUGGGUGGAGUAUCAACAGCACCAACCGAUAAAAGAGCACAAGAGAAGUGGGGAACAUCUUGAGUCCUGUUGGACGUGAUAGCGUUUCUUGAUAUGCCACAGUGCCUUUAUGGCCAGUUUGAGUCCUGCCUACUUCAGCCUUUAUGUUCCCACUCCUCCUGUGUUAACAUUGCUUUCAUCUUGGAUAUUCUUUUUUUCUACUUUGUUAACCUAUUUUAUGCUUUAUCUCAAUAAAACGCUUACCA